AUGAAUCUUUUUUAUAGUAAGUAUUUUGAUUUUACCAUUGUUGUCUCUUUGGUUAUAUUUGCAGCUCUCAUGCUAUAUAUCGAUGGAAAAGAAAACAUUACGCCAUGGAUAAAUAGUAUGCAGCCGCCGUCGUGUAAUAGAGAACAUCCAGAAAUCGGAAGAUGUCUUCCAGGUAUCCGAAAUAGCGAUGGAAAAUGCUGAAAAUUUUGCAUUAUUGAAUGGUGCGAAAGCGGAGGUUUUUGCAAACUUUUUGGAAAGAAACAUAUAUGUCAUUGUUAUGCUGCAGACAAGUAA